AUGGGCGUAGAUAAGCCGAAGAAUUUGGCCUACAUAACAAAAGUAGCCAAAGAUAGAUCUGCAGAUCUCUACAAGGAAUUGCUUUUGCGUAAUAUUUUUUCAAUAUUUGAUCCAUUUACUGCUCAGAGAAUGGAAGAUUCGUUACUGGUUGUUGGAUCAACAAGCGCUCGACUACCUUUUAAUACUUUGCAAAAUUGGACAAAUAAAAAUAUUUUCGUCUCAUCGAUCGAUGAAACUCAGAUUGGAGAUCAAGAUCAACAACCUUACCAAGUCGAGGAUGAUCAAGAAGUUUUGGCAGUAGAAAAUGAUGAAAACACAUCCGGGCAAGCCAUCACUUCAUUACAAGCAGCGUGGAAUGUUACCAACGCAAUUCAAGGAAUGUUCAUAGUUGGCUUACCUAUCGCCGUUAAGGUAGGUGGAUGGUGGACUGUUGCAGCAAUCAUUGGCAUUGCAUAUUUGUGCUAUUGGACUGGUGUUUUACUCAUUGACUGCUUGUACGAAAAUGGAAUCAAAAUUCGUAAAUCGUAUCGAGAAAUAGCUGAAGCAUACCGUGCAGGAAUGGGUCGUUUUGUGUUAUGCGCUCAGCUUACAGAAUUGCUUAGCACGUGCAUUAUUUAUAUUGUAAUUGCUGCUGAUUUACUGCAAAGUUGCAUACCAUCUGUAGAUAAAUCAGCAUGGAUGAUGUUUGUAACCACUGCUCUGCUCGGAUGUUCUUUUUUAGAAUCUAUACGAGUAGUUAGCAAUCUGAGUAUGGCAAAUGCCAUUUCGCAUAUGAUAAUCAACGCUAUCGUUUUAAUAUACUGCUUAUUUCAAGUAAGUAAAUUUUUCACAUACCAAUUUCCGUACUGUAUCAUAUAUUGCAGUCAUAUUGUACAAAUGAAUUUGCAAGAAAUUAUGACCAAAUAUUUGAAAAAAAUUGACACAAAUGAAAUACCAUUCACAUUUAAUAUUCGGACAAUGCCAACAGUAAUCGGUGUUGUCGUUUUCGGAUAUACUUCACACAUAUUUCUUCCUUCUUUAGAAUCGUCGAUGGAGGAUCCAAGCCAAUUUAAAUGGAUGCUUCGAUGGUCUCAUAUCGCUGCUGCAAUAUUCAAAACUAUUUUCGGUCUUUUUGGCUUUCUCACAUUUGGCGAACUUACGCAAAAAGAAAUUUCCAACUCACUACCAAACCAAACAUUUAAAGUAAUAGUUAAUUUAGUGCUUGUGAUCAAAGCACUUUUUUCAUACCCAUUACCAUAUUUUGCCGCUGUUCAUCUGAUUAAAGAUAAUUUAUUUAUGGGCACAAAAAAAACAAUUUUCACAAGGUAA